CAAAUCUUGUGAGUUAAGUAAAUGGCGGUUAAAGUGCAAUUUGAAAUUGGCCAUACCUCGAAGUUGAGGAGUAAAAAAACCAUUGAAGGUUACACACAUGAUUGGGAGCUAUAUGUAAAAGGACAACAGGGCGACAUAAGUGUGUUUGUGGAGAAAAUUGUUUUCAUUUUGCAUGAAUCUUUUGCCAAACCCAAACGUGUUUUCAAAGAGCCACCAUAUCUAAUUCAAGAGUCGGGUUAUGCUGGUUUCUAUGUUAUAAUUGAAAUCCAUCUACGCAAUCGAGAUGAACCCAAGCGUAUUAACUAUCAGUACGAUUUGAAUUUACAGACAACAGGACCGCCAAAACAUAAUCACGAAAUAAAGAAAUAUGUCUUUGAAAAUCCAUCCGAAGAAUUUCGUCAAAAACUUUUGAGAGGCGGUGGAGUUCUGGUAUCAGCUGUAACAUCUAGUAAUGCCAUAACGAAUAACUCAAUGUCAGGUGCUAAUACAACGGGACAUGGUGAGGUACACAAGAGCUCAUCAGCCGAAAAGAAACACAAAAAUCGUCCACCAGAUGAUUCCAAAUUAAAUUCAUUCGCCAAUCUAUUUGGUACACCCAUAACAAAAACAUCCUCAGUUACCUCAGCUGGAGGCAGUACAGCAGGAGCUAUAACAAAUUCUGGUGGAGCUGGUGCAGUUGCAGGUGCUUAUAAUUCUGGCAACAAUGCCAAACAUUCUCCUGAUACUAAGACAGGGCAAUCGGGAAGUAACAACACCGCUGGUAUACCUCCCACUAAGGAGAAGUCAUCAAAAGAUAAAGAAAAAUCAUCAUCAGAUAGGUCCAAAGAUCGAUCUGAACGCAAGGAAAAACAUCAUAAGCAAUCAACAAACAGUCCCCACAAGGAGGGCCGAAGUGAUUCCAAAAAAUCAGAAUCCAAACAUGAGAAACGAGAUAAAAAUGAAGAAAAAUCGAAGAAGGAUAAAAAUCGUGACAAAGAUCGCGAUCGAGACAAAUCGUCCUCGUCAUCAUCGGGAAAUGUUCCGAACAACAGCAAGAGACCCGCGAGUCCAAAGCCAUCAAGAGAACUAAGUCCAAUGAAAACGACUGCUUCGGUGCCCCCAAAUACUCAAAGUGCCACUGGAACAAUGGCAAACAGCUCAACUUCGUCGGUAGCAAGACCUUCAUCCUCCCAAAGUGGUAAAAUAGAAGAAGGCAAAUCCUCAUCAUCGAAAUCAUCAAAAGAUUCCUCAUCGAAGGAAUCGAAAUCAAAGGAAUCUUCUUCGUCGAGUGGUAAAAAAUCGAAGAAAGAGAAAAAAGAUAAGGACAAGGAUAGGGACAGAGAUAAAGAGCGACGACACGAAGAAAAGGAGAAACAAAAAUCUUUAGAGGCAUCUUCUAAGUCAACUGCCUCCAAGGAUGAAACAAAACACCCAACAUCCUUGUCCCCUACAAAUGCAAACAACUCGGCAAUACCUACACCACCAGCAACUGUUGUUGGAGAAAAACACUCAAAGAGUCCGUUAAAUGCCAAUGAAACAAAGAAGUCCGAAAAACCAACAUCAAAACCUGAGUCAACCAAAAAUAUAGAAAAUUCAACAGCUCUUCCAAUAUCAGGGUCAGCAGCAACAACUGUGCUGGCAGCAAAUGCAGCCGCCACACAACAUUUAGCAAAUGAUAAAAAAGCUUCAACCUCCUCAUCAUCUUCAUCCACAUCGGCACCAACGGCAAAUGUGCCGGCACAGCCCGAAAAAGAUAAACGCUCCCACAAACACAAAAAGAAAGAAAAGAAUAAAGAUAAGGACAAAGAUCGGGACCGAGAUAAGGAACGUGAUAAGGAUAAAGAUAAGGAUCGCGAUAAGGAGAAAGAAAGCAAAAAGGAAAAAGAGAGCAAAGAGAAACCAACAGAGGAGAAAAGCACUGAGAACUUUUCGGUUCCACCACCACUGCAGCAGACACUGCAACAGCAAUCCAGUGCCACAGCAAGUCUUACGAAUAGUCCACGUAUUAGUAAUCCCGAAGAGCUUUCUGGUGUCAAUACAACACCAUCGUCAACGACAUCGUCGACAACAACCACCAGCAGCAGCAAUAGCUCUUCGUCCAAAUCCUCGAAAAACAAAGAAAAGAAAUCCAAAGAUAGAUCAAAGGAGGACAAAUCAUCCUCUAAACACAAAUCGAAUGAUGUUGAUGGCACCGAGAGUAGUAGAAGCAAACAAGCCAAAUUAUUAACAACAUCCUCGUCGACGACCUCUGUCCCCACAGCAGCUACAAACAACAGUGUCACAAAUAGUUCUGCACCCCUUGAAACACCUUCUACAAUUGCACCUACGAGUGGUGGUCACUUAGAUCUUAGCGAUAAUGAUAGUGUUUCAUCGGCACCCACACUUGACACUCAAACGGCAGCUGCAGCAAACAAACCACCACCACCAACAACAGUCAUCACACAUUCUGAUAGCUCAAACAGUAGUUUUCCCGAUUUAACAUUGCCCAAAGCACAAAAACCUGCUACAUCACAUGAGCCCACGGCUAAGCCCGUAAAUCCUACACCGCCACCACCAGCUCCACAAUUGAAAGAACCUCCACCCAAGGCCAGUAAGUCUUCAAAAGACAAAACUGAGAAAUCAUCCAAAAACGAUGAAGAACGGGAGAAGAAGCGACGACGUAAUUCUCAAGCAGCCAAUACCUUCAUUGAGCCACCGCUCAAACAAAUGAAAAAGGAAACAAAAUCCGUAAGAGAAAAAUCGAAAUCACCAUCGCUACGUAAUGCCGGCACUAGAGCAAGUAUAUCAGAGGCUACAUCAACUUUCCUACAGCCUGGAGCAUCACCAUCGAGUACAGCAGCAGCUGCGCCACUAGCACCACCCGCAUCGGUACCGCCGGCUGCACAUUCACCUGCCUUAAGUGCCGCAGAGGCUGUUGGCAACGCUACCAGUGCCACUGCAAAUGCCGCCACAUGCAAUAGUAGUUCAGCAACGCCUACAUCGGCUGCAAAUUCAUCAUCAACUGCUGCUGCAGCAGCGGCAUUGGCAUCAUCACAUCAAUUGCCUUUGGAUUAUCUAAGUGAAUUGCAGGAGUUACAUCAUAAGAUUAUGACACUACAGGACAAUGAAGAUCUCCAGCAUGUUGUCGAGCUAAUAGCUGCUACGGGUUGCUACGAAAUCACAACAAAAACAUUCGAUUUUGAUUUGUGUAAAUUGGACCGGGUUACUGUCCAGCGAUUACAGGAGUUUUUUGCCACAUCGGUAUCAUGACAUAGAAUUCAUGUUUAAGGUGAAUUAUGGGUGAGUA